AUGGUGCGCAACAUCUUGCCCAACCGUCUUAAAUCAUACACGAGCCAUAGCACGAACAACAGUCGAAGCACCAGCCCGAUCCCCAGCAUGAAGAAGGUUCCGUCCGCAUCGGGAGGCCCGGACGCCAAUGCGGAAGCUCCCAGGGCCAAUGGAUUGACCUUGAAGGUCGUGGCGCUGAAGGCCCGCGAUCUUGCGGCGAAGGACAGGAGCGGCACUUCGGAUCCGUAUCUCGUCCUUACACUUGGCGAUUCAAAGAAUGCAACUCAACCCGUACCCAAGACCCUAAAUCCAGAAUGGAAUGUCACCGUCCAAUUCCCUGUCUCCGGCGCCAAUUGUCUACUUCUCGACUGUGUCUGCUGGGAUAAGGAUAGGUUUGGGAAAGACUAUCUUGGCGAGUUUGAUCUCGCUCUGGAAGAGGUCUUCUCCGGGGAGGUGACCGAAGUCGAGCCUACGUGGUAUCGGCUUCGAAGCAAGAGGCCAGGUGGGAAGAAAGAUAGCAACGUAUCUGGAGAGGUCCAACUUCAAUUCAGUCUAUUCGACUCGACGAAUCUUGCCGCUUCUCCCUCUCAGGUCCUGGACAAGUUCCGUACCCUGGCAGGCGUCGCACUUUCCGAUGUCGGUACCCCGACAAGGCUGACGAGUACGAAUGAUGACGAAGAUGGGGAAUAUUUUGACGAGGACGAAGAGCCUAGCGAUGAGACCGACGAUCCCACAAAACCCGAGAACAUCGAAAAGAAGAGGCGCAAGCUACGCCUUCGCAGAUUGCGAAAGAAGAAGCAAGCGAGUGCCUAUGAGUUCAAUAGCGAGAGCGAAGUCGUCGGCAUCGUGUUCCUUGAGAUCGGGAAAAUUACGGAUCUCCCGCCAGAACGGAAUAUGACCAGGACAUCAUUUGAUAUGGACCCGUUUGUUGUUGCUUCCCUAGGCAAGAAGACAUACCGCACCCGGGUUAUUCGGCACAACCUCAACCCCGUUUUCAACGAGAAGAUGAUUUUCCAAGUCCUGAAACACGAACAGGCAUACUCGCUGUCCUUUACCGUGAUUGAUAGGGACAAGUUAUCAGGAAAUGACUUUAUUGCUUCCACAGUCCUCCCUCUGAAGGAGAUCACUGAUACCGCCCCAGUGGCUGAUCCCGAAACUGGCCUCUAUGCCCUGGACCCUCCAGACGCUAGUGGUCCCCUAGAAAAGCAGAACAGAUCUCGAUUCAAACUGCCAAUGUCGCGAUCGGCGUCAUCACAGAGUUUAAAUAAGUUGACCCGACCGACAGUACCAGUAACCAAGUCCAGCUCCAGUCUUAUGGUAAGCGGUAGCAGCUCUGGUGCGGCUACGCCAACACAGUCGUUGGCGCCAACAUCAGUUCCUACCGAUCUUCAGCAAGGGGAAAAUUCCCCACCAUCCAAUGCUGUUGAUGAUGAAGAAGGGCUCAAUAGCCGAGGCGAUCCUAAUUUGCAUCCGUUUACAAUCCAGUUAAAAUUAAAGAAUGCCGAGAAAUGGGAGGAGAAGCACAGCCCAGCUCUAUAUAUCAAGGCCAAAUAUGUUCCAUAUCCAGCUCUUCGUCAACAAUUCUGGAGGUCAAUGCUUAAACAAUACGACACUGAUGAGAGUGGCCGUAUCAGCAAAGUUGAGCUCACUACGAUGCUGGACACCCUCGGCUCGACUCUCAAGGAGUCUACAAUUGAUGGGUUCUUUAAACGCUUUGGACAUCACUCCGCAAACGGGGAUGAAGGGAAUGGUGACUUGAGCUUUGACGAAGCUGUGAUCUGUUUGGAAGACCAGCUUCUUGAGAGAUCCAAGCCGCAGACGAUUGGGGAUAAAAUCCGAAGCCACAUUACUCCGCACCUCGGUGGCACAGCCGGGAAAACCCCAACCACGUCUGAUAUCAGCACAACUGACUCCAACCCAACCUGCGAGACCACUGUAGUGAUUGAGCAACCUGACGCCCAGAAUGUUGAAGAUCUGAGCACCCCGGGUGAGGAAGGGGAAUUCUUGGACCGAGAUGAUCUCAACGACAAGGGCGAAGAACAUGUCGUCGAAGUCCGUGAAUGCCCAAUCUGCCACCAACCGCGUCUUAACAAACGCUCUGAUACCGAUAUCAUCACCCAUAUCGCAACAUGCGCAAGUCAAGAUUGGCGUCAAGUCAAUAAUAUCGUUAUGGCUGGGUUUGUAACAUCAAGUCAGGCUCAGAGAAAAUGGUAUUCUAAAGUGAUCACAAAAAUUUCUUAUGGUGGUUACAAGCUCGGGGCCAAUUCUGCCAACAUUCUUGUCCAAGACCGCAUCACUGGUCAGAUUAAUGAAGAACGCAUGAUUCGGAAACUGCUUCGGGGCCUGAGCUUCAAGCAGGGCGUCAAAUACGACGACCCCGCUUCCAAGGCUGAGAUUGGGAAAUUUAUUAAUUUCCAUCAGCUAGAUAUGAGCGAGGUCCUUCUCUCGACCGACCAGUUUAAGAAUUUCAAUGAAUUCUUCUACAGAGCACUGAAGCCCGGUGCGAGGCCUUGCUCUGCUCCGGACAACCCAAAAAUUAUAGUUUCACCGGCCGAUUGCCGAUCCGUCGUUUUCAAUAGAAUGGAUGAAGCGACUAAAAUCUGGGUCAAGGGCAGAGAAUUCUCUGUCGAACGGCUACUUGGGAACGCUUACCCGGAAGACGCCAAGCGUUAUACUAAUGGUGCAUUGGGAAUCUUCCGUCUCGCUCCUCAAGAUUAUCACCGUUUCCACAUCCCCGUCGAUGGCGUGAUGGGCACUCCCAAGCCAAUUGAGGGAGAAUAUUACACCGUCAACCCUAUGGCCAUCCGGUCUGCGCUCGACGUCUAUGGCGAAAAUCUUCGAGUGGUUGUACCGAUUGACUCGGUCGCCCAUGGAAGGGUUAUGGUAAUCUGCGUGGGUGCCAUGAUGGUAGGUAGCACGGUCAUCACUCGCAAGGCUGGCGACCAUGUCAAGAGAGCAGAGGAACUUGGCUAUUUCAAGUUCGGAGGCAGUACCAUUCUCGUCCUGUUCGAAGAAGGCGUUAUGCGCUUUGAUGAUGAUUUAGUGGAUAAUUCGAACGGGGCGUUGGAGACUUUGAUUCGAGUCGGCAUGUCCAUCGGGCAUCACCCUACACAAGGACAGCAUACGCCUGAUAUGCGGAAGAAAGAAGAAGACAUCUCAGAAUCCGAGAGGGCAGAGGCGAAGCGCCGGAUUGAGGGAAGUCUCGCGCCGGAUGGUUCUGAUUCUUCAGCUUCCACGUCUAAUCUUGCGGGCUAG